UUCCGGUGUUCUUCCGCAGCGGCGAGCGUUUCCGGACAGCGUGAGGCGGGGCGAGCCGGGGGGAGGCGUCUUGCUGGCUGCACUGUGACAGCGCGCGCUGCAUGAAUUCUGCUAAGUGCUGUGGAGCCUCGGGUGGAGGGCAGUGACUGUCAUGUUCAAAGAAGUGCGGUGGCGGGGCUGGAGAGGUGGCUCAGCGGUUAAGAGCUGCUCUGCAGGAGAUCCCGAGUUCAAUUCCCAGCAACUACAUGGUGGCUCGCAACCAUCUGUCCCAUGGGAUCCUGUGCCCUCUUCUGGUGUGCAUUUGCACAUGCAGGCAAAACACCCAUACACAUCUAUUUAUGCAUGGUUAAGUCCCAACUGUAGCUGAGGGAGUCCUCUGCAACCCUGACCCUGGAGCGCGAACCUGUGACCAGCCUCCUCUCCAACACUUUACCCUGUUAAGUGUAGCCCCUUCAGCUCUCUGAACCCUGUCUUUUGAACUCAAGGGUCCCCCACUCCUCACAUUGAAGUCUGGAACCUCCUUCGGAGCUGCUGAUGUCGCGGGCACACUCUGCUCAUUCUCCCUCCAUGGAGCUCUCUGCCCUGGUCUGUUGAAAACUGCUGCAUCGUUUAUGCCUUUGUGGUCCUGUUAUCCAGACUCUCUCCAUGCAAACAGAACAAAUGAGCCAGUGUGUCAGGAUUGUGAUAAAAAUUAAAAAUGGUAGUGCCUAUUGGCUCAGAUAACUGACCCUACUAAUACUCCAUUUUCUUCUUUCAUAACCAGCCACCAUGCACAUGGGAGUAUCAAGAUGUCUAUAGAGUGCUGGUGGUCUCCUAGCCAGCUUGUCUUUCCAGUUGGCUGCUGCUGUGUUAUUGGUGAGCUGAGGUGCCUCUGUAGAUUAAUGCCUCCUCCCAGGAGCCCAGGCAAGGAAAGGAGCUGUUCCCACGAGUUCUUGAAGGCAGAGCUACUGCCUUGCCCCUGCAGCUCCACAGACCCAACAAACCUACAUGUCUGGCCAACCCUGGCUUUGGGUUGACCAGAAGACAAAAAGCUGGACCUACUCUAGCACCCAGGUGCUCUUGCUGUUCCUGCCUAAGCUGGAGAAGUGCUAACCCCUGAUGGGAAGCUGUACUUCCACACAAAUCACAAAGUUGAGAGUCCAGAAUGCCACCAUUGUAAGGUGAGUGGAUAUGGAUGUAUGUGAGAGGGCAGGGGAACUGACGCCGUUCCUCAGAGAUGUGUGACUCCGUCUGGAGGUGUGCUUCAACUCCAGACCUGUGGCUGGAGCAUGGGGCUAUAUCUGUCUCUAUUUAGGCCACCACCUCAGUAAUAGUAGGGAGUUGGGGCAGCUUCCUGUUGUAAGCCUUGGGAGAUGAAUGUCCUGAAGGCCAUCAUUGUGGUCUUGUGAAAUGCUGAAUCUCCCACAAGCUCCCCUGGAAAAUAUGUCUUGUGUGCAUGUCCCCAACUCAGAGAAAAGAUUGAUUAAGAGAAGAGAACGUGACAGCUCACAGGCAAGGGGAUGGGAGAAGCACUCUGGGGCCCUGGUGAGUCAUCGUCUCCCCAUACCUGAGGCAGGACUGCCUGUGCUGGGGCUACAUUGCUUAUCUGUUGUUGCAAAGAGCAGAGAGUGGCUGGGUGUGAUGGCAUAUGCUUUUAAUCUCAACAUUUGGGAGGCAGAGGCAGGUGAAUCUUUAUGAGUUCAAAGCCAGCCUGGUCUACAUAGCAAACUCCAGGCCAUCCAGGGCUACGUAGGGAAACCUGUCUUUAAAAAACAACAAAACCAAAGGCAAGAGUGGAGAGCAGCAGAGCCAAGACCAGGGCCAGGCUGGGGAAGUCUGAGGCCAACUGCCUCUCCCAGGAAGGAGUGAGUGGAGCUAGACAAAAAGAGGCAUGUGCUAAUCCGAGGGUCAGUGGCUGGAACUUUGGUGGUUAUUAUUCAAAGGGGCACUGUUAGCACUGCCAUUGGCCUCAGGGUUGCUGGCCAGUACAGGACUCAGGUUUAGGUGUAGGAAGCCUCCCUCUCCAGAGAGCUGGGCACGUAGCUCCUUGACGGGAGCUGUUGCCCUAAGUUCUCUGCCUUUUACCCAGUACACCAUGUCAGGUCCUCUGCUUUCUCGAAGCAUCUGCAUCUGAGCAGUGCCCUGGGGCCUCCUUCACCUCUCGUGUUCUAACCAUGCUUUGUAGUUCUGUUGUCACCCCAGGUCACUUGUCACCCACCUGGAUUGGAGUUUGGAAACCUAAGAACAGGACUGAGCUGCCUCGUGCCAGGUGCUCAUGCUGUAGUCUGUACCAGAGUGCUGUCUUUUCCCACAGGAAAGGUCUUCGACCUCCGUCCACCCACUGGGUUCUCGGUGCUCUGUGCUUCCAGAGUGCACUACCCAUGUCCUAGCUCUGUGAGCUUAGAUUACCCUCUGUCUUAGUCACUGUCCUAUUGCUGUGAAGAGACACCAUGGCCAAGACGGCUAUUAUAAAAGAAAGCAUUGAAUUGGAGGCUGGCUUACAGUUUCAGAGGUUGAGUCCCUCACCAUCAUGGUAAAGAGCAUGGUGGCAUGCAGGCAGACAUGGUGCUGAAGAGGAAGCUGAGAGCUACAUCCUGAUCCACAGACUGAGAGAGAGCCUAGGCCUGGCAUGGGCUUUUGAAACCUCAGAGCCCACCCCCAGUGACACACUUCCUCCAGCAAGGCCAUGUGUCCUAAUCCUUCUAAUCCUUUCAAACAAUUCUACUCCCUGAUGACUAAGCAUUCAAAUAUAUGAGUCUGUGGGGGCCAUUCUUAUUCCAACCAGCACACCCUCUCUGAGGGCGAGACUCGUCAGUCACAAGGAUGUGUGUCAGAUGCCGUUAGUGGAGAGAGAAUAGAAGUAAGACAAGACAUGCCAUGUGAAUCGGAUGGUAUAAAUGUAACAUCAGCACCUAAACUACUAUUUAUGCCUGGGAGGUACAGCUCGGUGUCAUGUGCCCAUUGGGAACAUAAAAUCUCUUCCUGCCAUGGGCUUAGGCACUGACUUCUGCAGCACUUUCUACAUUUCCAUUUACAUGUUCCCUGAAAGCAGAGGCAGAAAGACAGCAGUAGUGGUGACAGGCAAGGGUUGGGGACGUGGGGGAGGGACUCAGCGGGGUCUGCCUGGGAGUGCCAUUGGUCUCACAUGCCACACAGUUGAAUGUGCUCACUGGUAUGCUGGGCUCAGCAUGACUAGCCAAGCACGACUGUGCAGCAGCUGUGGGACUCACAAACCAGGUGUUGUUCUGAGGAAUUUUCCACUCUGGGGUAAUGGCAUCUUUCCAGUGAGCAGGCCUGGUGAGCCCAUAUUGGGUCCUGGGCCAAGGGCAGCUGGCUGAACUGAGGACUACCUGGGGCCUGCUCUGGGAACAAAGCAAUGUCAUGGCAAAGACAUGGCUGCUGCCUUUGUCCCCAGGAUGCUAUGUGUACGGGACCAAUGCACAGUGACCCCGAGGAGUACUCAGUGGCCGUGAGGAAGUGGCCCUGUGGCUGUAGCAGCUACCAAACCCCUGGUAGCUUCUGGCCAGUGCCACCCAAGUGGCAGGUGUUAUUUGGGUGCCCCUCUUGCUGUCUGCCGGGCUUCUCUGGAGGAUCCCUAGACAAAGGAUGCUUUUCAAGGAGCUCUGGAAGGAGCAGACUGGGCAAGCUUGUUGCUCAGCCACCCUGCAGCUUUGUCUGUGUGACUGUCUGAAGGCACCAGAGACUUCCACAGACAGAAGAGCUAUGGUCUCGGCCUCAGGAAGCUGGUAUUUCCAAGAAGCUGCCUGUGAACAAGACAAACACUGUUGAGCACCUUAAAUGACCAGGCAGCACGGGCAUGAGAAGAGGAAAGUGGGGCUGUUGGGGAAGGGACUGCAGGGAGAGCAGUUUCUCUAGAGGAGGUCACCUUUAAACCCAAACUGAAAAGACAAGAAAGGACCCAGCUCUCAAGGUUGAAUGGAAGGCCCUGAGCUAGUUCCAUAGGUCAUGGUUAGCAUUGGAUUUCAUAGGAGGGACAAUGAGAACCUGACAACAGAUUUUAAGGAGAAUAAUGUGAUCAAGGAUCUGAUUACAACUUUAUGAGGUGUUCUGGGAGCCCUGUGGACUGUGUGGUGAGUCCUGAUGAGCAGGGAGGCCCUAGAGACAUUGGUAAUAGUUAGUGUAGUGACUGCACAUUUAGGGAGAAGUAGAGAAGCUGCAUGCAUCUGGAGAAGCUGAGGGGUGCAGGGACCUAGGAUGGUUCAGAGGUUUGAAAAUCUGGGUGGGUGGGGCCACCAUGAUUGAUGGGCAGGGAAGGCAGGAGUACCACUUAGGGUCCAUUAUGACUGGAAUGUUAGGAUGCCCAUCAGAGGUUAGGGGUGGUAUCCCUAGCCCAGUAGGGUCUGAGAUGACAUCCCUGACUCCAGAAACCCCAAGAGUAGUUCUGGAGCAGGCAAAAACUACCUCUAACCCAAUAGCUCCGAGUCCGGACCUGACAGCAACUGACUAAGAAAUUCCCUUCCCCAUGGUCCACAUCAGUUUACCACUUCCCUGUCAUCAAACGCUUACAUUCCCACCCUCUGCCCAGAACCCACCUGCUCAUGGUUUGCCAGAUUCUCCCUCUCUCCAGCCAAGAUUCUCCCUCUUCCUAUCCAAGAUUCUCCCUCUCCCCAUCCAAGAUUCUCCCAAGAUUCUCCCUCUUCCUAGCCAAGAUUCUCCCUCUCCACAUCCAAGAUUCUCCCUCUCCUUCUCCAAGAUUCUACUACUCCCUAUUCAAGGAGCUCUCUUGAGAUGUAAAUCUCAGGGUUAAAUAAUUUUGAGUUUUCAUUUCAAGUCUAUUUUUGGAUGCCACACUAUCUGCUUGUAUGACUGAAUGUUUUUUUUUCUUUUUAAGGAAAUAAAAAGGUUUAUUUUGAAUGAAAUAUGAGUGGCCACAUCCCAGGAAUACAGAUUCAGGUUCCUUAGGAUUUUUUUGUUUGAUUUAUUUAUAAAUUUAAAAAUUAAUCAUGGAAAAUUUCAAUAUAUCUAGACCAUAGACAUCAAGGAUCUUUCAUGCAUCUAUCACCCAGGCUCAGGGCACACUGUGCCAACCUCAUUCUGCACACUGUGGCUCAUGGCUGACUAUGUAACCCCAGUGCCAUUAACCAAACCUGGAAGCCAUACAGUGUCUAUCAUUCACUAGGUCUCCGUUCUUUUAAAAUUUAUAAUUAAUUUUGAAUACAAGAGGGACUUAAAUUUAAAACUACUUGAUUGCUUCUUUUGUGUGUGUUGAGGGCACCUACAACCUUGAACAUGCUGGGCAAGUAAGUACUCUACCACUGAGCUAAAAAAAUUUUUUUAAACGUUUUGAGACAGGGUCUCACUAAGUCACUCAGGCUGGCACUGAACUCAUAGUACAGCCCAAGCUGGCCUGGAAUUUGAUAGCCCUGUGUCAACCUGAACAGCUGGGAUUGUAUGCCUGUAUCUCCAGGUCUGUCACUUGUCUCAAAUGGUUCGUUAAAUGUUUGUAAGAUCAAUAGAUCACUGUUUUACAGGAUCUGAAUAAACAUCAGCCUUGCAGUUACCAGCUUAUCUCCAGUUUCUUUUUACUACGUCCUCUCGUCUCUCUUUGAGGAAAUUUAUUGGUGAUACUGUCCUUAGUGGGUACUAUUUCCCCAUCUGGUUCAGCUGUGUGUCUUCAUGGUGGUGCUAAUGACCACUCUGCUCUGUCUCCUCUAUUUGCUGUAGGCUGGCAUUAGAUAUAGGCACAAGUGUGUCUGCCAUGCAUCCUAUGGGCUGCAUGCAUCCCAGGACAGCUAUGAAUGCAGCUAUUUAUAGACCAUGUUAGUGUUACAGGGUUAGACACUCCUGAUAGAGGUCUGUUCAGACUCAAGGUUGUCUGGGCACAAAUCAUUCCCGCAUGCCACUGUGUUCUUUAAUAAGGAAGCACAAAAUACUGGCUGUCUUCUGUGAUGUCAGUGGCCCCUGACCCUCAGCCCUUACUGGGGACUGUAGAACUCAGGUUCAAGGUCUUCUCCCUUCUUGUCUCUUACCUAUGGGGAGACUUUGCCCUGUAGAUAGUGGUAAUCAGCGGCACUCAGGAUGGUAGGGUCAGUUGCUGAGUCUUGAAUCUUGUUUUGGAGAAAUGUUCGUUCCCCACCACUCCCCAGAGGUUGCUGAUAUUUUCCACCUUACAAUGUGUGUGUGCACACAACUUUUGGGAGUCAUUUCUUUUCUAAACCUUUAUGUGGGUUCCAGAAACUGAACUCUGGUUGUCAGGUUAGUGUGGCAAGCAUUUUUACCCACUGGUCCAUCUCACCUCCCACUUCUGAUCUUAUAUCAGUACAAACUCAUGUAUUUAAAUACAAGUAAAAUGUUUAAAGUAUGGCAACAGUUCUUAGGAAGUUAUGGAACAAGCUCUUAUAAAUGAAACAAUUGAGAAAUGAAGGCGUAUUAAGGAAGGUAAGAUAUAUGACCCCCAGUUCAGGCCAUGCCUGACUCACUAGGUCAAAGCUUCCCAGGCUUCCUCGGUGCAGACACUUAGUGAAGAUUCAGUAAUAAUACUUUUAGAGGCCCUUAGGUCAAAGGAAAUCACUGCCAGAUGUAUUUUUAAUAGUUAGGCAAACGGGAGCAGAAUUUAUGACCUCACAAUUUAUAGCAAACAUUUGGAAAAGUUAGCAAACAUGAAUUAUUAUUAUUAUUAUUAAAUUUUUUUGUUCUUGUUUUUUAAGACAGGGUUUCUCUGUGUAGCCCUGCCUGUCCUGGAACUCGCUCUGUAGACCAGGCUGGCCUCGAACUCACAGAGAUCCACCUGCCUCUGCCUCCUGAAUUCUGGAAUUAAAGGCAUGCACCACCACCGCCUGGUGAUAAACUCUAUUUUUAAUCAUAAUUAUUCCUGGGAUAUGUCCAUUCGCCAGAAAUUUUGCUGCUACCACCCUUGUCUUGGCCUGCAUCGAUUUUCACAGUGAUGCUUUCUCAGUAAGUUCCACAAGGACACUACAGGAAGGAAUAAAGUAGUCAUCAUGGCGGGUCUGAACCGCACUGAGCACUAUGUGCAGAAUGCUGACGUCACCACUCCCUUCACACAUCUGGCCGUGAGCGCACCCACUGGAGUUACUUUGUGCUCCUUCUCUAGCGAGAGUUCUGCAGCACUGGCUGGUGCACUGAGCCCGACCUCGUCUGCCCCACCGGGGUUAUUUGUUUUUGGUCAUGGUGCUUAAGAGGAUUUGUCCCACAUCCUUUGACUUGGCUCAUACUUCAAUAAACCAUUGUUAUUUGCUGUUUCCCCAUUUGGUACCAGUGACAAGAGUAAUUUAAAGAGAGAAUAUUGUAGAUUAAGAGCUGACCUUAAAAAAGCUCACCUGAUCUGAAAAAGUAGCCAGCUUUCCUCAUAGCCACUGGCUGUCAACACAUACUUCCUUGUUGAUGGGACUGAGAAUUCCAGAAGCACUGAGCUGCUUCUACCUUCCAUGGUGCCUACUCCUGCAUCUCCAAAGUGGGCUCUGGCAUGGAAGGAAUGUCUUCCUGCUGAUGUCAGGCAUGGCAGAGACAGCACACAGGUGUAAGAGCAUCACAUGUCCUGUUUAUCUAGUCGUUUCCACUUUCCUCUCUUUUGUCCCUCUAGUCCAGCCCCAGGACAAAGGCAUCCCACCUGGCCUCCGGACCUCUAUACAAGAGAAAAUAACUAUUAUUGUGCAUGUUGAGUUUUGCGGCUACUGACUACACAGCUGUAGUUGACACAGAGGGACACAGGAGAGAAAGGCGAGGCUGUGUAACAUCCCAGAGGUUUCCUUCCAAGAGGGGUAAACUGUAUUUAAUUAGUGUGUGUCCACUGACCCUCAAACCACAGAGCAGGUGAGAAGCCCUUAUCCUAAGUGAAUGGCCCCGACUCAAACCUAGGUGGACCCAAGCUGAGCUGCUCGGGGAGCCCUGUUGUGGGGGCCACCACAUGCAACUGGUGCCCAGGCCCCAGCGGCUGCCUAAAGCCUAAGCUAACCUUUCUGCUGGCUGGAAGGAUGGCAGGGGUACCUGGGAGCUUCCAGGAGCAGGGAGUGGGUGACAGUUUAGCCAGGAACCUUAGCUCCCUACCAUAUGCUGAGAACCAGAGCGGGUGGGGUCCUAUGCUGAAAGCCACACAUGCCAUUCUUGCUAGUCCAAGCCACCUUCCUGUGCACAUUGGCGGCCCCUAAGUCUGCUCCCAUUCCCGCCAUUGGUCUCUCAGAUGUGUGAACAAGGUAGAACAAUGUGAGCUGUGUUGAGCCACCAGGUGCCACAGCAUCCCUGCUGGGUGUGUGGGAACUCGGUGUUGGCUCACUGAAGUCUGUUCCAGCCUCAGGUUGAAAACUGAAGCAUGGGCAUGCAUACUUUUGAAAAGAGUUGAAGAAAAGAGUCGAAUGGGGCUGGAUCAUAGUUGUUCCCCAGCUCUUCAUAACCAGCACAUGCCUGCCUGCAAUCCCAGCACAGAUCCCAGAAUGUGCAAGGUGGAGGCAGGAGGAUCAGAAGAUGAAGAUCAUCUAUACGAGACCCUGUUCCAACAAGAGAGGCAGGUGGGUGAUUCCAUCUGAGACUUGUCCACGUGGAAGACACAGGAGCAGAUGUGCAUCAGUGCCCCGGACACUGGCCUCCUGGAGGUGUAUUUACCUUUGUACCCUCAUUGAUUCCUUCUAGUUCUACAUGCCAGGUGCCCUGGCCAGCUGGCAGAUCUGCUAUAGUUUGUUGACCUUAGCCUGUUUCAAUCCUGUCCUCUACCUUGCUCUGGGAGAUUUCCAACUUCCUAUAGCUGCCCACUCUGACACCCUACCUCCACUUCUCCCUGGGUAUACAAGCUCUUCCUUCCUAAGGAACGUUCUGUCCCUGUAACAUGGUAGUGUUGUCCUUGGAGAGCCAACAACCGUUCCCAUAGAGCUUCUGAUGGAGGGAUGAACGAUGGCACCCCAAAAGAUGUCCACAUCUUGACACUUGGCAAAGAGAGCUUCGGGAGCUGGGAGGAUGGCUCCAGGGGUGAACUGCUUACUCACCCACAGCAUGAGGACCGGGGUCAGAUACACAGCACUCGUGUAAUUAGUGUGGCAGCAUGUGCUGGUACCCCAGCACUAGGAGGCAGGAUGGGGGCUCUGGGGGCCUGCUGGCCAGCUGCUCUAGCCAGUUUGGUGAGCUCUAGAUCCAGUGAGAAACACUGUCUCAAAAACUAAGGUGGAGAGCAACAGAGGAGGACGUCCUAACCUCUGGCCUCUAUAUGUGCACAGACUCACAGUUUAAGGGGGAAAAGGACCACAGAUUUGAUCAAGAGUGGUGAGAUGGGACUGCAUCCUGAUCUUAUCUGGAGGAACUCAGAUGCAGCUCCACUAAUGGAACAGAGGGAUACCUGACCCCAAAGAAGCCAACACGGUCAUGAAGGUGGAGGCUGGAGUGACAGGAAUCUUGCCCUGGAGUGGGGUGCACACAAGGCCUAGGUUUGGGGCCUCUGGCUGCAGUUUUCAUGGAUUGUGGUAUCUUGUUCAGCAGCCCCAGGGGAGGAACACAAAUCACAAGGAUUGAAAAAAUGAUGGCAGACCUAGCCCCAAGUUAUGCUGCUUGUGAUGUAGGCCCUUGGGGCUCCCCUGAGCUUGUUCCCCCAGGAAGAAUUUCCACUGCCCGGCCUUGCAUUUCCCAUCCAGAGCCUCUAGCAGCUUACCAGCUUGGGAGGCGAGGGGUCAGUCCUAAGCCACACAGCAAAGCAGCUGUCUUGAGAAUCCAUGUACAUGUCUGGAAGUUAUCCUCUGGCUACAAGGUGACUUUAGGGUCCCCAGACCAGACACAUGUAGAUAAGCCAGCACACCUACUGCCCAUCCCUGGUGAUGAAGACAGGGUGGGCAAGGACAUUUUAUAACCAUGCACAAACUAUCAGACACUGCUUUAACAGCAGCGAGGAGGAUCCAUGUCUGGUGAAGUCAGCACGUGCAGCCAGUCCUAGAGCAGACUUGGGGAUUCACCCCACUGACAGAGCAGGGCCCCAGUGGGAGGGCCACAGAGGCGGCCCCAUUGUUCGGUGCUCCCAGGUGGAGGUUACACACGUGCCCUGGGGAGGCCACAGCUGCCUGAACCUUUAAAACUGGCAGGGCAGGGCAGGGCAGGCUGGCAUUGCCGGGCCAGCAACCCACAGUGCCUGCAGCUCUGCAAUUGCACUCUGCUUUUUGCUUUUUUCCUUCAUACAUUUUGUAAAAAGAAUUUUCCUUUAAAAGGGAAAGGAGAAAUUACUAUCAGAAUAUUCCAGGUUUCGGGCAGAAUUCUCAUUAUUUCUACAGGCAUCUCCGUAUCAGGCUUGGUCAUCCGUGGAAGGAGCUCCCUAGUCCAUCAGCCAGUCCUAGAGCAGACUUGGGGAUUCACCCCACUGACAGAGCAGGUCUGUUCUGGCUAGUCCCAUCUCUGGCGACCACAGCCUCUCAGACUAGCGUUGCUCCCAGGAUCAGCUUUCAGGUAAGUUCAAGAGGAGACCCAGGGGCUUCUCUGUGGUACGAGGUGCAGGAUUUCCGUCUUCCAGCUGGUGUUCUAGCACAGCAUGGGAACGGGAUGGCUUUGGAGCUAGUUUGAGAGCUGCCGGCAGGGUCGCUGCUUCUUUGUCCUGACCUCCCACAAUCUCACAGGAUGCGGUGCACAGUGCCGAUGGGGGUAUUGUUCACCCUGGUCAGCCUGCUGGAGCUGGCUGUGACUCUGAGAAUUGCAGCCUUUAACAUCCGGACUUUCGGGGAGACUAAGAUGUCCAAUGCCACCAUCUCUGGCUACAUUGUGAAAAUCCUGAGUCGCUAUGACAUCGCCGUUGUCCAAGAGGUCAGAGACACCCACCUGGUGGCCACUGGGAAGCUACUGGAUGAACUCAAUCGGGACAAACCUGACACCUAUCGCUAUGUGGUCAGUGAGCCUCUGGGCCGGAACAGCUACAAGGAGCAGUACCUUUUCUUGUACAGGCCUGACCAGGUGUCUGUUCUGGACAGCUAUUACUAUGAUGACGGCUGUGAGCCCUGUGGAAAUGACACCUUCAGCCGAGAGCCGGCCAUUGUUAAGUUCUUUUCCCCAUUCACUGAGGUCAGAGAGUUUGCGAUAGUGCCCUUGCACGCAGCCCCAACAGAUGCUGUGACUGAGAUUGAUGCCCUCUAUGAUGUUUACCUGGAUGUCCGAAAAAAGUGGGACCUGGAGGACGUCAUACUGAUGGGGGAUUUCAAUGCUGGCUGCAGCUAUGUCAGCUCCUCCCAGUGGUCUUCCAUCCGCCUGCGGACAAGCCCUGCCUUCCAGUGGCUGAUCCCCGACAGUGCUGACACCACGGUCACAUCCACACACUGUGCCUAUGACAGGAUCGUGGUUGCUGGAGCUCUCCUCCAGAGGGCCGUGGUUCCCAACUCAGUUGGUCCCUUUGACUUCCAAGCAGCAUUCGGACUCACCAAGCAGCUGGCUGAAGCCAUCAGUGACCACUACCCAGUGGAGAUGACCCUCAAGUGAACCUGAUGUUAUCAAGCAUCACAGCCAUAUGCUUGUGGUGAGGAAGACUCCAACUGUCCAACCAGAC